UCUCGGCGUGAACGGAAAGACUUCCGGUGUAAACAAGGAUAUUGGAAAUCCUACUGGUGUGUUCCGAAUGGUAGACCGUGGCGCAACAACGAAGGAAAAGAAAUAGAGUCGCAUUAAUGCGAAUUGUGAAAACGAAACAGGAAAAGGCCUUUAAACAAUGGAGCAGUAUCCAGUCCAGUUCUUUACAUCAUUUCUGGAAAGUCUUCAGAGACUCUGUCGAGACAGUGUGAACUUCAGUCAGUUCGUGGAAAUCCAUGGCUACCUCUGUGUAGAGAUCGACAACAUGAAGAAGGAGAGAUACGUUCUCAGUGAACUGCUACAGAGCAGUGGUAAUGUGGUCAGCGAGAGCUACUGUACGAAGGCCUUCACAUCUGCUGGACAAAAUGGCCAUCAUCAGAGAGACACCAGGACUCAGUUUGAAAGAAAUGAUUGGGAAUCUCAAUCCUACUCACAUUCCAAGACUGGUUCAGAGGACUGGACUUCUCCGGGGAAUACAGAAGGCAAAUUUCAACGUAAAAGGAGCAGACGGCAUAAUCAGGAAGACUCUGAGACAUAUGCAUCAACAUCUUCAAGACGUAUGGAUAACUACAAGCCUCAGAUGUCACAAUCUCCACCUAGCCCCGAGUCAGAGUUUGUGUCAGGUCAUGGAGGUCAUGUGACCUCGUGGGAAUCAGAGCAUGGAGAUGGACAGAGGCAGACGGGCUCGGUAACCAAGUCCCCAUCCUUCACAGACACUGUUCCAUCUUCUGUAGUGGAUCCUGAUGAAGUAAUAGAUCUGGACAUGAUUGACGAUGAUAUGGACGCAUCGUUCCCAGGAGAGGAGACUUCAGUCGCUAUACACCAGCGAACAGUGCCAGACCAGUCUUACAGCAGUGUUCAGCAUCGGAAGACUAAUUUGAGUCCAGGGACUUUGAAUGUUAUCAGACAUUCUGUGAGACAGUUCAAGAGAUUUCACUUUGAAAAGUCAUGGAAGGACAUUGAUCUGCUGUCUACACCUCCUGAAAGGUUGAAUGUUUUGUUAUUGGAAUAUUUCAAAGAUGCUAAGAAGAUUGGAGGAGGUGAGCUCACGCCCAGAUCCCUGAAGAAUGUCCAGGCUCAUUUAGAAAUGUUUCUAAGGGAUGGAGGAUACCCAUAUUCAGUUAGCAAAGACAAACAGUUCCAGUCUUCUCGGGACUUUCUCAAGAAGAAGCUUAUGGACAGUGGCAAAAUUGUGACUCAGAAAUUCAGCCCUGUUGAUGAUCACGACAUUGAGACCAUGUUUUGUAUGAAUCAGCUGGGGCCGCACAACCCAGAUUCCCUCACUAACACCAUGUGGUUUCUUAAUUCCAAAUAUUUCGCCAUCCGCCGGCCAGCAGAACACUUUGGGUUAAAGUGGGGAUGUAUCUCGUUGAAAACAAAUGAUGAAGGGCAGGAAUAUCUGGAACGAAGAAUUAAUGAAUCGUUUUCCUUAAAAUUGUUUGCUAAACCAGAGGUUCCGAACCGAUGUUUUGUGAAUUUUUACAAACAAUACAAAGCCAUGAGACCAAAGAUUGCCCAAGAUGCCGAUUUCCCAUUAUAUCUGAAGGUUAAUAAGUCGGACAAUGAACAGUGGUUCCUUCCUGAGGCAAUGGGUUGGAAUCCAUUCACAACAAUAUGGCGCAAGUUGGUCAUAGGGUCAGGGCUCCCAGUAAACAAGAAGAUCAUGUGAGUUCAAGAAGGGACGGCUUACUCAAAAAGGAAUAGGGGCUGCUGGGAACCAUGGAAACACAGUACUCAGUGCAAUUCUUUACCUCCUUCGUGGAGCAGCUUCAAGAUGUGUGUCGCAACUACCUCCAGUUCAGUCAGUUUGUGGAGGUCAGUGGCUAUGUGUGUGUGGAGAUCGACAACAUGAAGAAGGAGAGAUACGUCCUGAGUGAACUGCUACAGAGCAGUGGUAAUGUGGUCAGUGAGAGCUUCUGUACAAAGUCGUGCAAAACAAACAGAAACGUCAGGGAUCCAGUGGGUCGGUUUGGAGAAAGAAGUUUAAAUGUUGAACAAAUUACUAGAGACAGUCACUCAGGGUUACGGAGAAGUAAACAGAAUUUUCCUUCUCCUGAUUAUAUUCCACAAACCACUCAAAGACAAGAUUUGGUUCCGACAGUACGUUAUCAGGAGCAGUCGCAACCUGUUCCUUUAAAGAAACAACGGACCAGUUCCAGACAGGAUACCUUUGACUCCCUCGAUGGGGGUUGGGUGGUUGACCAGUUGGUGGAGGAAAGAGUGACUUUGCCACAAACAUUCAUUCAGGUUGACGCUGAACCCUCAACAUUGGCAGCGUCCUCAGCUCCAUCAAAUCAGGUGCUUUCUCUACCUCAGGAUGAUGAGGUCAUAGAUUUGGACUUGUUUGACGAUGACCUUGACAUUACAAUGGAGGACGAGGGAUCAAGAAAUGCCCUCAGUUCCGGUCUGGCGUUUGCUCCUGUGCAUGCAGUGGAUAAUAUUCAGAGGAAGCGUAGUCACUUGAGCCCAGCUUCUCUUGCAACCAUGCGGUACACCGUAAAGCAGUUCCAAAGGUUCUUGUUUCAUAAAUGUAAUCAGGAUAUAGACUUGUUUUCUACCACCCCUGAAAAGCUAAAUGAACUUCUGCUUGACUUCUUCAAGGAGGCCAAGAAAGUAAAUGGCGGGCGAGAAUCUUCGUCCUCGGUCACUGAAGAAUGUCCAGACAUGCCUCGAUAAGUUCCUACGAGAUGGAGGGUAUCCAUAUUCUGUGCUGAGGGACCAACAGUUCCAGUCAUCGAGGGAGUAUUUGAAGAAGAAACUGAAUGACAGUAUAGCUAAUGGAGGUGGAACAAAUACAGUCUCCGAGUGUGAUAUCGAGUCACUGUUCCAGACACAGGUGCUUGGAGCCAACAAUGCUGAGUCGCUCACCAACACAAUGUGGUUCCUCAACUCCAAGUACUUCGUCCUCAAACAUCCUCUGGAGCAUCAGAACCUGAAGUGGGGUGACAUUAAUCUCAGGAUGGAUGACAAUGGUCAGGAAUACCUGGAACGUGUAGUGGGUGGGAGAUACACUCUCAAGGUGUACUCCAAACCAGCCAAACCUGACCGAUGCUUUGUGAACUUCUACAAGCAGUACAGAGCACUGAGGCCUAAGAUAGCUUUGGACGAUGAAUAUAGCUUCUAUUUCGGGUGGAUGAAAGUGACGAUCAGAACUGCUGGUUCAUGCCCGAACCCAUACGCCCUGGAACUCUUACCUGCGUAUGGAAGAAAAUUCUUCUCACGGCUCGUCUUCCUGCUAACAAGAGAAUCAUUUGAAUUGGGUGAUACUAUUAGUGGUAUGCUCUUUAUUCUCCUUUAGGAAAAGUCAAAUAUGUUUUUUGUAAAAGCUGUAAGACUUGACGUGGUGAAGGUGGAUUUCAAUCGCUGUUUUCAUCAUACAAAUGACACAAGGUCAUGUGUUUUGCUCUGUAACAAUAUCCCUCUACUGGAGUUCUGACGCCCCUGCAAUAGGAGGUCGCGCCACGUAGGUUUUUUAAUCAGCCAAUCUGCUUGAUGGCUUCUUAAUUCCUGCGGUAACAGAGAAAUAGAUUAACGGCGGUAAAUCUGAAUUUUUUAAGGAUAGAAACAGAAGGAAAUGCCCACUUCCAAUUAUCAAUAAUAAUGGCCACACAUAUUUUAUACACCCAGUCAUUUCUAAAUGCCAUGGUGUCUACAACCAAAAGGGAUUCCAUGAAAGGAAUAUUUGAGUAAUUUGUGAGUUUUCAUCUGUUAAAAGCUGACAUGUUUAGAUCUAGAAGACAAGAAAUGAAACAGAAUCACUGUAGCUUAUAUCUGAUUGGCACAAGGACUCGUUCAUUGUUCACGUAGAUUUGAUGUCAGGUUCACCUGCCAGUCUUUGGUUGUCUUCAUGCAGAACAUGGAAUGAGGCAUCCGAUAUGGAUUAGACAGACCACGCAGUCACUGAAAUCUCAUCACUUUUCAGCUGAGUGCAGCUGGGAUAAUAUAAGUUUGUUUUUCAUGGAGUAAAUACGCUCAUGUGAAUAUUUAGUGGACUUUACUUCUUUUUAGGUAGUUUACGGUAGAGGAGUAAAGAUAAGGAUACAAUAUUAUCAUGAUUUGUUUUGCAAUGAAUAGGUCAAAAUAUGAUAUUUAUAAGAGUGAGUCAAUUCAAAUUUAAUGUCCCAAUGGUGUUAUUUAAGCCUUACCGCCAUAUAGCUGGAAUAUUGUGGUCUGCUGCGGAAAACUAAACUCACUCACUAUUUAAGCCUUAAUGUGGCUAAAGUAUAUCAUAACCACUUGUGAUUUUCCAUGUCUUGACAUCAAGGCAACAGGCAUUUAUGUCAUAAACUGUCUGAAGGAACUGAGGAAUAUUGAUCUCUUGCAUCCCAUUUUGAUAUUAUGAGUGUCUUUGGAACUUAGAAAAUUGACAAAGUGAUGCUUAUUAUAACCUGGUUUGGGGGAUUACACUUUCCCAGUAAAGUACAGCUUGUAGUACUUUUGUUGGGUUGAGUCCAUCCAGGAUUAGAACCCACACUCCCAGAAACAGGCACCCAAUCACCAGCACAUAAGUCAGCUGUCUAACCCACUCAGCCAUCUAACGAAGAUUUUGACUUGAAAUGUUUUGAUUAACGCCAUGGAGAACGUACCGGUAAUAAGCAAUUUACAAAAUGUUUUAUGUGCUUGUAAACAGGUUUGAGGAAUGUUUUUAGAUCAUUUAAUUUCAAUACACGAUGAUCAUUUGAAGACAGAUGUGUUAUUGAUCAUUAUCAUUUUUUUUAUUAAAGAUCAUUGUCCAUGUUAAAUAGAUUUUAUUUAGUUGUGGUCAUGUUAUGGAGAAGAUUUAAUUAAUCUGUGUCCUAGUAAGAAGGUUUUACAGCAACUUUUUUACUCAAUCACCAUGUUAUGUUCAAUAUUGUCAUCAUUGUCAGCAUAAUUUCAUAAGUAACUCUACAGGUGUACGUAGGGGUUGCUAUCAGUGUAGAUUGAUAAAGAUUAACUAAAUACAUAUAUUAUGAAUAUCAGAGAUGUACUUUUGAGCAAAAAUGCAAAACAAUCGUUGAAAAAACCCAAGAGUGGCCCAUGAAUAAGACAUCGAACUUUUUGUAUUUUGUGUUUGCAUUUAAAUUCUAUUUCAUUCUAAUAGUAUGUGCAAGGUAUUGGAAGACACAAUUUUCAUAUCGAUAAUCAUUAAGAAUUCCUGCCAUUGAUAAUUAUCAAUCUUUUAUGACAUCCCUAGUUGUGUGUACCUGUGUUUAAUAUUAUCUGAUAUAUAAAAUAUUGCAAGAAGUAAC